AUGUUUUAUGUUAAUGGAGGUAAGACAACUUUUACAUUUUAUUCCUACACCUAUUUCUACCCUUACUUUCCUUCUGAAGCACUACUAUAAUUUACAGUAUUGUUUACAUAGCAUUAACACACCGUAACCUUCAGAACCCCACAUUGGUCACCUCUACUCGGCCCUCCUAGCCGACGCCAACCAUCGUUGGACGCUGUACAAACAGAACGCAUCCGAAGCCAAAGAUCAUCAGUUCGUAGUGGGCACGGAUGAACAUGGCAUAAAAGUGCAAACGGCCGCGAAGAACUGUGGCAAGUCUCCGAAGGAACAUUGCGACUUUUAUGCGGAACGAUUCACUCAAAUGUUUCAUGAGUUUGACAUUUCUUUUACGAAAAGUGUCAGAACUACGGAUCCGGUUCAUGAGGAGGCGGUUAAGGGUAGGCAUACGUUUGGGUGGGGUAAUUUUUUUUUGUUAAGGGCGGGGGGCAUGGGGAGAGGUUAAAGGAGGAUGAAAAAUAAGUUUACAUAGAUCACAGGAGAAAAAAAUUGAAAAAAAAAUUUUUUUGGGCGGGGUAAAAAUUUUUUUUUGUUAGAGGAAGGGAUGGGAUGGGGAGAGAGUAAAGCAUGAUGAAAAAUUAAAUUUGAGCAUAGGAAAAAAAUGAAAAAAAAUUUUCUUUGGGCGGGGUAAAAUUUUUUUAGGGGGGGUGGGUCAAAAAAUAUUACAUUUUUUUAAAUACACGUUUUAAAAAAGGCGUAAAAACAAAAAAAAAUUUGGGCAGGGUAAAUUUUUUGCAGGGGUGGGGAGUCUAAAUUUUUUUCAAAAUUUUGGGUAAUCAGCAAAAAAGAUUUUUAAAUUUGGUAAUUUAACAUUUUGUAGAACUAUGGAACCGCAUAAAAAGCAAUGGCCACAUAUACAAAGCCAAGUAUGAAGGAUGGUACUCUACAAUAGACGAGCGAUUCUACACUGACGAUGAAGUGGAGGAGAAGAACGUUAGAGGAGAGGUAAUGAAAGUAGCGAAAGAAAGUUUGAGCAAAGUGGAAUGGGUAGAUGAAGAGAAUUACAUGUUCAACUUGGAGAAGUUUAAAAGUCAGAUUCACGAUUGGUUGACUCAGGAAGGUAAGAGAAUAUUCGCUUGUUAGACCUGCCUUGCUUGUCAUGCAUGUGCCUUGUCCCGUGCCUUGCCUGUGCCCUGCUGUGCCUUGCCUGCGCCUUGCCUGUGCUGUGCCUUGCCUGUGCCUUGCCUUGCCUGUGCCUUGCCUGUGCCUUGUUCCGUGCCUUGCCCCGUGCCUUGCUUGUGCCUUGCCUGUGCCUUGCCUGUGCCUUGCCCCGUGCCUUGCCUGUGCCUUGCCUACUCUGCUUUGUAUUUUCCUGCUUUUUCACCUUAUACUGUUAGGUUAGAUCUACUUUAGCUCUAUCGUUUUCUAUUCUUGAAGUGCUUACUUAUAAACAAAGCCUUCUUAAUAUAAUAUAAUGUUUUUAUUUUUGCAGAUCCAAUAGCACCAGCCAGUCAAUUACCACACAUCCUACAGUCGUUAAAGGUGCAAAAAGAUCUCUCAGUGUCUAGGGAUUCGAAACGAUUACAGUGGGGCAUAAGAGUGCCUGGUGAUGAUGGGCAGACGGUAGGAUUUCGAUUUUUUUAUUUUGCGAACUUUCCAUUUUAGACUUAAGGAAUACCUUUGAUUACUUUUACGUCGUCUUUUAGGCUUAAUUUUCGGUUUUUAGGCUUAAAUAUGCAAAUUGAUGGAAUGCUUGAUGUUGAUGAUUUACUUAUUGUAUUUUACUAAAAAAAAUUAUGAGUUUUAGUUCUACGUAUGGCUGGACGCCCUUUGCAGUUACUUAACGGCAACCGGCUUUCCUAACAAUCGAGAUUGGACAAACUUAUGGCCAGCUGAUGUUCACUUCAUUGGAAAAGACAUUCGAACGUGGGUUUUUGUAAAAUACGCGCAUCAUACUAAGAUUGAUACUAAGUUAGUAAACGUGGGUUUUUUUAAAGUACGCGGCAUGGUACUAUGAUUGAUAUCAAGCUAGUAAGCGUGGGUUUUUGAAAAAUAACUUGCAUAGUUCUAUAUAAAAAAUGGUACUAAUAGGCAUUAAAGGUGGUUCAGAAGGUCCGGCCUACGCCAUUUUACAGGUUUAGAUACUAAAGUAGGAAAGAUAUGAUUAAAAAUGGCAUAUUUGAUGGAAAAAUCUGUUUUUUUUUUUGCGUCAACAGGGUCCCCCUGUGUAUUUUUUUUCAAAAAUUGAAAUUUUUUUUGAAAAUUUUGAAAAAAUGACAUUUUUAAGCUUGUGGGAGAAUUAAAAAAAAUUUUUUUUUAUGUUUUUUUUGCGGUCAUCUGAUUAAAAAUGGCAGUUUUGGAGUGAAAACCCCUAUUUUUUGGCCAACAGGGUCCGCCCUGUGGAUAUUUUUCUCAAAAGUAAAAAAUUUUUUUUUGAAAUUUUUGAAAGAAUGACACUUAUAGGCCUACACGACCAUGAUCUUCAUUUAAAAAAAAUUUACAUUUUUUAUAAAUCGUAAUUCUUCAACCUCAAAAUAUUUUUAAUUCCAGAUUCCAUGCCAUUUUCUGGCCCGCCUUCCUACUGGCCGCUGGCAUUGAAUUGCCCAAAAAGAUCUAUGUUCACUCGCAUUGGCUGGUGGACGGACGUAAAAUGUCGAAAAGUGUUGGAAAUGUGGUAAAUCCGUUCUUAAUGAAAGACCUACUAACGUCGGAUGGACUACGGUACUUUUUGCUGAAACAGUCUACUCAACACAAUGAUGCUAGUAGGUUUAUAUUUUGGAAUUUUUUUUAA